AUGUUGUGGUUCAGGAAAAGAGCAGCAAAAGAUUCGCGGUCUAGUGAAUCCCUGACAACAAAAUCAAGAAAGCCUCCAAAUACAGCUUUUCGUCAACAGAGGCUGAAAGCGUGGCAGCCCAUUCUAUCGCCACAAUCAGUUCUGCCGCUUCUGAUCCUUAUAAGUGCUAUUUUCGCUCCAAUCGGGGUUGCGUUAAUCAUAACCGCUAAUAACGUUCAGAAUCUUUCGAUAGACUACAGCUACUGUGAGAACCUCGCAAAUUCAGAGGCUUUCACUACUAUCCCAACGAAGUAUACCAAGUUCCAUUUCAAACGGAAGGCUAGCGUUCAACCGACUUGGAAAUUAUCGGAAGAUAGCGAAGGAGAACUUACUUGCCAGCUACAGUUUGAGGUCCCAGUAAACCUGAAAAAGUCCAUUUACAUCUAUUACAGACUCACCAACUUCUUUCAGAAUCAUCGGAAGUACGUUCAAUCUUUCGACAUAGACCAGCUCAAAGGGAAAGCCGUGGACGAGGACUCUCUAAAUGACGAUUGUAACCCUUUAAAAAGCGAGGGAGAUAAGGUGAUUUAUCCAUGCGGCCUUAUUGCGAACUCUUUGUUCAACGACACAUUUGCGGGUGUACUGAAAGGCGUCAAUGACACCGAUACAGAUUACCAGCUGAGUAACAAGAACAUUGCGUGGCACGCUGACCGCAAGAGAUAUAAGAAAACGACAUACAAUGCUUCGGAUAUUGUCCCCCCUCCAAACUGGGCAAAAGCUUUCCCAAGUGGCUACACUGAUGAUAAUAUUCCAGACCUUUCACAAUGGGAAGAACUCCAGGUUUGGAUGAGAACCGCUGGCUUACCAAAAUUUUAUAAGCUUGCGCUCAAGAAUGAGUCAACGACUUUGCCAAAAGGAACAUACAGAAUGGACAUUGGCCUCAACUAUCCUGUACGAAUGUUUGGGGGAUCCAAGUCUUUUGUUCUCACUACAAACAGUAUAAUAGGAGGCCGCAACAUGUCACUGGGAGUUGUGUAUCUAAUUGUUGCUGGAAUAUCAAUCUUAUUUGGCAUCAUAUUUCUCGUCAAACUUAUCAUUCAGCCAAGAAAACUUGGUGAUCAUUCAUUCCUCAAUUUUGACGAUGCAACGGAAUCUGAGAGCCGCCCUAAUACGUCCGACAUCCCCCUCAGAGAAAUUUUAUAG